AUGGCCUCGUCCACGACCGGCAACAUCGUCGUCGAGUGGUUGAGAUCGCUCCACUUGGGCCAAUAUGCGGAAAGUUUCAUAGACAACGGCUAUGACGAUUUAGAAAUAUGCAAACAAGUUGGGGAACCCGAUCUGGACGCGAUCGGGGUCCUCAACCCUGCACAUCGUCAGCGCUUGUUGCACUCAGUGCGAACCCUCAGAGAGGAAGGGGCGGCUGCUGUUUACUUCACGCUUGAGGAAGGAGCAGUCGCUCGAGACCCUUGCCGAUGUGAGGAGGAAGCGCGCAAAGAGCAAGCCACCGCCACCGUCGAACCGGCAAAGUAUGCCGACGAGUACGAGGAAGGGAAAGCGGAGCUGGUGAAAAUACCACGCAUACAGCUAAAACGCCUGCUUCGCGAACGCCUCGCACAGGAUGGGAUCCGGCUGAGCCUUCAGCCGUACUCGACAACGGACGGCGACAGGGGCUACUUAGAGGGACUCGCAUCUCGUUACGCGGACCUCUUCUCCACCCAUUACGGAGACGUUCUAGACCACCUCGAAGAACUACGGAGGCACGAAUGGGACGAGAUGUCUCCACGAAUGAGGGUCCUCGGGGGCCCAGGGACCCCCCAAACGCCCCCCUCAGCCAGCCCCGGCUCCCUCGCCUUGAACAACCUGACCACGUCACAUUCUCAACCCAUCUACGUGCCCGGUAAAUAUUCGCCAUCCAGUUGUCUCACCGAUAAAGAAGAGGACGAGAUCUACGGCUUCGGAUAUGGAGUGUUCGGCAAACAAAUGCUGCAGAGACAACAGCAGCAAAAACAACUGCUUCUCGCGCAACCAACGCAACCGCUCAUGCACAAUCAGCAACACAACUAUCAGAGUUGCCUUAGCCCGCGGUCGGCGUACUUCUACGAAUUCCCUCCUAGUGUUUUCUUUGUAGACAACUGCCUGGGCACCGCUAAGAAGAAGGUGACCACAUUCUCAAGACUGCUUCGAGGACUUAAGUCCCAUAGGAAAGAGAAACAUGGAUCCUGUUCUCCAAAACACAGUCAUAGCCCGAGACAGGUGCUGCCCCCCCAAAGGGUUGACACACCGGACAGCGUGCUACAAAGUGGCCUAGGCCUGGGCCCUGGCCCCGACACUGCCUUGAGGUCCAUGGUUGACCCAAGAGAUUAUGACCGCCUCCGCUUCUUACAAAUGACUGCCGCCCAACCAAAUACCUUCGAAGAGACUAUACAUAGGUUAAAAGUACAGGAAGCAAUGAAGAAGAAAGAUAAAUUGGCCCGAGAGCAAGAGGAGAUUUUACGAGACAUAAGACACGGCCUUAUGAAUAUGGGCAGAGAUGGGGUCCGAGGGCCUUUUGGAGACGACACGUAUAUGUACGACGACGAAGCGAGAGGACUCUCCGGGAGAGGGCAUUGGUACGAUGAGCCUCCGUAUGAAAGCGAUCCCGAGGACUUCCUUAUGGGCGGCGGAGCCCCCGCGGCCACCUUCCAGAACGGGCGUGUAUGCUUCACACUCAACCUCCGCAACGAGCAGAGAGGUGAAGGCGUAAUAUCUUUAAGAAGCGCAGGAGACAUCAGCUUAGCGAGGCCCCCUCGGAGAGGAUUAAUAAUACCGCAAAGUGGUCCCUACCCAACAACAGUUAUCCCCUUGCGAACGGCUCGAGAUCGGGAGAGCGGGGAUUACGCCGCGUCUGAUAUCCAAUCUAUAGGCUCUAGAUUAUCUGGUAUUUCGUUGGAUUCUAACCGAUCGGAGAGAGAUUCUCGGAGAGGGUACCGGCAGAUGUCCGGCUACCGGAUAGGUGCCGACCCUCUGUCACCAGCGUCGUCUGAUUACGAAGAUCAGGAGAGUGAAACAGAUUCACAACACAUAGCCACGGUCCAUAAGUCAGCCGAAGAAUGCGAGGGAGUCUCUAACCUGGCGGGAAAAGUAAGAGGUCUGAGACAAGAUGUCCAAAGAAAAAUAUCGAGAUUAAGACAAGAAAGGGGUCCCGAAAGCAGCGACAGGCGGACAAGCGGCGAUCAGGCGUUUCCUUGUUCUAAUAGUUCUUUCGAAAGUCUUCCCAGCGGAUCUGGCAGUAGCACUCAGGCAUUGGUACGCGCUGGUAGUAAUCACUCAUCUCUCUCGGCAGAAGAAAACAUAGAAUUAAGUCCUGCCGGGCGGAGUUUACUCGUGCCGCAAAUGCUGUGUCGGGCUCGGGCACUCGUCGAUUACGUACCCAAUAUUUAUGAGAAAGAUGCCCUCAGAUACAAGAAAGGAGACAUCAUCGAAGUGAUCAACAUGAACGCGUCCGGUAUUUGGCGCGGUGUGCUUAACAAUAAAGUUGGCAACUUUAAAUUUGCGAACGUUGAAGUACUGUCUGAUCGUGAUACAGUCAGAUCACGGUCUACUAAAUGGUGCAAGAGUCGCGAAAGACUCUGGGAGACAAGACCAAGGACCGUUGAAGAGUUACUCAGGAGAAUAGAUUUGCCUGAAUACACAGUGGCUUUUGCUCGCAACGGAUACGAAGACAUUGAGCUGUUCAAAGAGAUCGAACCCUCUGAUUUGGAUUAUUUGGGAAUAAUGACUCCAGAGCACCGCACACGUAUACUCGCUGCUGUACAACUUCUUCAUCAGCUCGAAUGUGGUGAAGUAGAAGCUGAAGGCGAUGGAGGUGGUUCCAGCUCAGAAGGAGGUGACUCGCCGUUCGGUCGACGGCAGUUUCCACGUGACUCCGGCUGCUACGAGGCAAGCGUCGGAGUUGGGGGAGUUCGUGUCCGCACAUCACCGCUUGUUCAUCGCGCCGAUGAACCUAGCCACCGGCCACCCGAACCGGCGCCUCAAACCAAACGCUCAAUCAGGCGACGACAGCCCGACGACGCUGAAUGCGACAGAAUUGAACGCUAUCCAGGAAAUGUAACUGAGAGGACCGCUGUACGCGGCGGUGGCCUUCCAGGCGGUGCCAGAGAUGACACUUGCGAAUCUGACCAUAGGCUGAACGUGGUGAAAUUCGUGGCGGGCGGAGAGCCAUGUGCAUCGGAGAAAAGCAGUGACUCAGGCGUGAGUAGUUCGUCUUUGAGUUCGGCUCAUCCACACCGUCCCUGAGCGAGGCCCGCCGCGCCCGCGCUUGCAUAGACAUUAGCGCGGGCGCGUGCGCAGGCCGCGCCGCCCGCUCAGCUCGCCGAUAUUGACCCCCACGCGCCGGCCGAAUGCGACUAACCCGUCGCAUCUAUUAUCAAAUACACAAAUAAGAUUUUUGAACGCCAACUUCUUCCAUCUUAAAGUUCAAUAAAUCUGGCAUAAGACUGAGAAUUCUGCCUGAUCAACCAUAAAAUUACUUUAUCUUACUUGAAUUAUUAACGUUCAGCCGCGCUACUUACAUUAUUUUGGUGUGGGUGUUAAACUAACUUUUUAUUAGUCUUUGUACGUGCGUACUGGUUUCUCCUGUGUUCGGGUCUUUUGAGCAAUCGUCUUUUAUAACUAUGAUUAAGUAGUAAUUUACGAUUUCCACCCAGGCUUCUUUCGGGAGGAACUUUUGUAUUACUGAAAGACUGAACUUGAGUUGAGACAUUAUUUAAGAACUUUUAUGAAUAACGGUAUAUUUUGAUCUGACGCAUCAUUUCAUACCAUUACGCGUUACAUAUUCUUUCCUGAUGGUGACGAUAUUUAACUACGGACGUGUAUUCUUGAAAAGGCAAUACUUGGAAAAGGAAAAAUAUUAUUAACUAUAAAAUAUGAUGUUUAUGCAACUCGCUUGUUAGUGCUCGAAGUUGUUGAUAUGUUGAAACUGCUUUUUAUCAUUCCGUUAAAUGAAUUUAAAGGCAUAUCAAGGACUAUGGCAGUUAUUGUAGUUUUAGUUGCUAUUACGUCAUUAUGUAUUCUGUUUAGAUUUCCAUAAGAUGAUUUUUCAUUAUUAUACUAAAAAUAAAUCAAUAUUAAUACGAACGAAAUUUAUUUAAUCAUACUUUUGAGGUGGUAAGAAAUUAUUAAUUUGAAUAUUCAAAUGUUAUGAUUGGAUUUCUGAACAGAAUAUAGAAUUGUAAAUCAUUUACGACACAUAUUUAUUAUUUCGUAGCGAAAGCAAUAAGUCAGUUAAAUAUAAGCAACUGGAGCGUUUAAAGCGCAACAUUCGAUAGCAAUAAUUGUAUAUACCAUGAUAGAUAGGUUAAUUAUUAUAUGUUGAAAAUUUUGUAAUUUUUUAAGAGAGCUUUAUGCGGCGUGCCGUAUGUACAGGUUAGAAAUUUUAGAUGAGUUAGUGUGAAAUUUUGAAUUUCGCCAAGAUCUUCCGAGUGAUUGCUGUUCGUGGUACUUUUACGAGCUUUGCACAUGUGACUGAGUUUACUCGUAAAAAUCCGUGUAUGCUGUCAAAGGUAGUCGGGGUUCGACUAUUAGUUUUGAUUGUAACAAGGGUGUAGACAGUUUUAUUUCCGACAUGGUUUAUGGUGAGAUAAAUUUAUGGCAAACGAUUCAUUUUUUAGGAUGAACAUUUGCUGACAUAAUAGCAUAUCCAGAAGCCAAUAUUUAGAAAUUUUAUUGAUAAAAUCUUAAUAAAUAAUUGCGUUUAAUACAUUACAGCAAAAGGAGUUGAACAAAAAAGACAACAUUUCUUUGUACCACAACUUAGCCUUGGCAAACUGAGAUUAUCAUUGAAAUUAGACGUAGUCCCUACAUCUUUUUCAAACAGCGGAUAAUUUUAAAGCCGAAGUAAACGUAGUCACAUGUGCAGAUGAAUUAUAUAUACUCACCACCCAUAGUGGUGUUCGUUUCGUGUAAAUUAUGUAAAAAUAAACCCUUAAAACCCUUCUUGACUACGAUCGUGAACUAGUCCGAACUAAUAAAUGUAUAUAGAUAAAUGUUUGUUACAUAUUGUAGAUAGAAUAUUUUUCUUUCCAAAACUGUAUAUCGAUUAAAUUCUUUAUUAAAAUGUGAAAUGUUAAAAUUUUAUUUCUGAUUCGAUAUUUUUCCCCGCUCUAGUAGUUUCUCUUGCAGUUAGUGUCGCAUAAAUUUGUGAUUAUUAUACUUAAGUGUACAAUACACAUUUUUUUAUUUGUGUUAGCCAUAUACUGCAGUAAUUGUACUUUUUGUAGGCCAUAUUUAUAUUUUUUUAAAACAAACAUUAUGUGUAAGUUUACAAAUCUGUUUACAGACAUGGAUUCUGAAUAAAUAAAUCCGAAAAUUUA